CCAAGCACAACUACAGAGAUGCCCUCACCAAAUCAAUCCUUUUCUUUGAAGGGCAGAGGUCCGGGAAGUUGCCUUCUAACCAGAGGAUUACAUGGAGAAGGGACUCGGGUCUCUCAGAUGGUGCAGCCAUGAAUGUUGAUUUGGUUGGUGGAUACUACGAUGCAGGGGACAACGUGAAGUUUGGGUUCCCCAUGGCCUUCACUACCACCAUGCUUUCAUGGAGUGUAGUUGAGUUUGGUGGGUUGAUGAAGGGGGAGCUGUCAAAUGCCAAAGAAGCAAUUCGUUGGGCUACUGAUUAUCUCCUCAAAGCUACUGCACAUCCAGACACUGUCUAUGUUCAGGUUGGAGAAGCAAACAAGGACCAUGCUUGUUGGGAAAGGCCAGAAGACAUGGACACUCCAAGGAGUGUUUUCAAGGUAGACAAGAACUCCCCUGGCUCUGAUGUUGCAGCUGAAACUGCUGCUGCUCUUGCAGCUGCCUCACUGGUCUUCAGAAGAAGUGACCCCAUUUACUCGAAGCUCUUGCUCAGGAGGGCCAUCAGGGUGUUUGAAUUUGCUGAUAAGUACAGGGGAACCUACAGUAAUACAUUGAAGAGUUUUGUGUGCCCAUUCUAUUGCUCUUUUUCUGGUUAUCAGGAUGAGCUCCUGUGGGGUGCUGCUUGGCUGCACAAAGCCACCAAAAACCCAACUUACCUGAACUACAUUCAAAUUAAUGGGCAAACCCUUGGAGCUGGAGAUUAUGACAACACCUUCGGAUGGGAUAACAAACAUGUUGGAGCAAGAAUCCUCCUUUCCAAGGAAUUUCUUGUGCAAAGAGUUCAAUCCCUCCAUGAUUACAAGGGUCACGCAGAUAAUUUUGUCUGUUCUCUAAUUCCAGGGGCCCCAUUCUCUUCUGCCCAAUACACACCAGGUGGGCUCCUCUUCAAGAUGAGUGACACCAACAUGCAGUAUGUGACUUCUACCUCUUUCCUCCUACUCUCAUAUGCCAAGUACUUAACCAAAGCCCACCAGAAUGUCGACUGCGGUGGCACCAUCAUCACCCCAAAGAGGCUCAGAACCAUUGCCAAGAAACAGGUGGACUAUUUGUUAGGAGACAACCCCUUGAAGAUGUCUUACAUGGUGGGAUAUGGUCCCUUGUACCCACAAAGGAUCCACCACAGAGGUUCAUCUCUGCCCUCGGUUGCCGCCCAUCCUGCCAAGAUCCAAUGUUCCGCAGGAUUUAACUACAUGAAAUCUGAGUCCCCCAACCCCAACAUUCUUGUAGGUGCAAUCGUUGGUGGGCCAGACCAACACGACCAAUUCCCCGAUGAACGGUCCGACUAUGAGCAGUCGGAGCCGUCAACAUACAUCAACGCACCCCUCGUAGGAGCCCUGGCUUAUCUCGCUCACUCCUUCGGCCAGCUUUAAAAGUCCUAGGCAUUAGCAAGUAUGCAGUGGAAGUACCUAAACAAGUUUUAGCUUUAGGUGCUUUUUUUUAAAAAAAUAAUUUGUGUGUUAAAAUGGAAAUGCUCGAGUAAUAUUAUUAUUCUCUUGGAAGAGUGCACGAGGCAGGAUCGAGACCUAAGGGAUCGAGCACCAAAACCCUUGACGCACAGUGGUCAAAAGGAUAUGGUAUUACACUAUUAUUAUUGUUAUUUUAGUUAGUAGUAUCUUGAAGCUAGGAUGGGUGGGAAAUGUACUGCAAAACGGCGUGCUAUGCACGGCGUUUUGCUUUUAUUUUAAUCGAAAAGGCUACUGGGCUUCCCAUGGUAUAGGCGGUUUGGUUUACUUUUCUCAGUCUGUUUGGGAACUUGAAAAUGUGUCUUCUAGUGUUUUAACUUUUUAACUUUCUCUAGCUAGUGCGAUUUGCUAGCA